AGGGGCUGACGUAACUAUCCCCUGACACGUGACUUUGUGGUUUUAUAAACUAGUUAAAGACAGCAGGGGAAGCUUAUUCAUCACUGAACCGUUGUAAUACUCUUGGUUAUCGGUUGUGAUUCCAAGAAAGAACAUGGAUGUCUCUACAACCUCAGACUAUGAAAGUGAUGCGUUUAAUUUCACAGAUUUGACAGACUUGACAACUGAUACUGAUGACUAUGAAUCAGACCUGGGUGGAUUAUGUAACAAAGAACUAGUGCGAAAGUUCAGUAAGACCUACGAACCCCCUCUCUACUGGAUCAUCUUCGUUGUGGGGGCUUUGGGCAACCUACUAGUCGUCUGUAUCUUCACAACUGUGAGAAACCGGCUCAAAACCAUGACCGACGUCUACCUGCUGAACCUGGCAGUGGCUGAUCUUCUCUUCCUUGGUACAUUGCCCUUCUGGGCAACAAAUGCUGCUCAAGGCUGGGUGUUCAGCCAGGCCAUUUGCAAAGGAGUUUCUGCAGUCUACAAGAUUAACUUCUUUGCCAGCAUGCUCUUACUCACUUGCAUUAGCGUGGACCGUUACAUCGCCAUCGUCCACGUAACCGAAGCGCACAACUACAAAAUCAAACGCAUGCUGUAUAGUAAGAUAACUUGUGUGUUUGUGUGGCUCGCCUCUUGCCUCUUAGCUCUACCUGAAUUUCUCUUCGCCAAAGUGAAAAAUAUAAGCCCCCAGCUCAGCUCCUGCGUCAUGGUAUACUCGAUCACAGACAACAACCAUACUAAAGUCUUGGUGUUGGCUUUACAGAUCUGUGUUGGCUUCCUACUCCCAUUGCUGGUCAUUGUUUUAUGUUACUCAGUCAUUAUUCGUAAACUCAUGCUGGCUCGAAGCUUUGAAAAACACAAAGCUCUGAGGGUCAUCUUUGCAGUUGUGGCUGCUUUUGUUCUCUCACAGUUGCCGUUAAAUGGAUAUCUGAUUAUAGAAGCAGGCCAAGCCAACAAUGCCACAAUAACGGACUGUGAAGUCGCGCAAAGCUUAGAUAUGGCUGGGCAAAUUGUGAAAUGUCUUGCCUACACACAUUGUUGCCUGAAUCCUUUUCUGUACGUCUUUAUCGGGGUUCGCUUCCGGAAGGAUCUCUUGAGCCUGCUUCAGCGCAUGUCCUGUAGCCUAGGACUGGCCGACAACAGCAAACUCCAACAAGUUCCCAAGAGGCCUUCUGUUAUGUCCGACACUGACACCACCCCUGUUUUUUCUUUAUAGACCUGUCUACUGUACUUACUGUAUCGACAACUUUUUCAAAAGCUUUGUCUUCAUCUACAGAGUGUGUCAUUUGCAUGGUAAUGGCACGAUAGACUUAUUUUUCAGAGUUAUAGUUCCUUAUAACCACAAACUUAUUGUGCAAGGUCUAUGAAAUGUGCUUUAUCAUGGUACUAUUCCUGUAUAGUUCUCUGGGAGUACAUGAUGGGAUAUUGUGGAGAUUUAUGUACAUAAAUUCUGUUCAUGAGCUUUUAACCAGUAUUCUGAGGAUGCUUUUCAUACUUUUCUAGCAAAGAAAUUUUGCAAAAAUAUUGUAAAGUGUACAUAUAAUUUGAGAUUUUGUUGAGUGUAAUGGAUUUCAAUGUGCAUUAAAAAAGUGGGAUAAUAACA